UGCUGCGCUAUAAAAAGUAAACGACGGCACAAAGUUUGAGAGAAACCUGUUGUUUUAACUGGAGAGAAAUAUCUGAAUAAUAACUUUCAGCACAACUCAGAGAGAUGGAGCACACCGAGGUGGUGAAGCCAGAAACUCUGGAUGACCUGAUAAAAAUCCUGCAUAAAGUCUUCGAGAAUGACUCCAUCAAUGUUGAGGAGGUCCAAAAUAUAAUGGAAUCGUAUGAGAGCAAGCCUCAGGAGUGGAUGCCAUAUGCAAAGUUUGACCAAUACAGGUACACAAGGAACUUGGUCGAUGAGGGUAAUGGGAAAUUCAAUCUCAUGAUUCUGUGCUGGGGAGAAGGCCACGGCAGUAGCAUCCACGACCACACAGACUCCCAUUGUUUCAUGAAGUUGCUGCAGGGUCAGCUGAAGGAGACGCUGUUUGACUGGCCGGAUGGUAAAUCACACGGAGAUAUGGUCCAGAAGUCACAGAGAAUUCUCCAGGAAAACAAGGUUGCUUACAUAAAUGACUCCAUUGGCCUGCAUCGUGUGGAAAAUGGCAGCCACACAGAGGGCGCAGUCAGCUUGCACCUGUACAGUCCCCCUUUCCAAACAUGCCAAACCUUUGACCAGAGGACGGGGCACAGAAACAAUGUCAAGAUGACCUUCUGGAGCAAAUACGGAGAGAGGACUCCAUUUGAGACCACAGUUUCACAAGAGAACAACUAAAGGGCACCUGAGGAGGCUCCAGAUGACGCAAACAGUUAAAAUGACAAUGUUAUGAAAUUCUUCAAGAGAAACUACUGGUGAAGUGGAAUGUGGACCUAUGACUAAGCACCCGUUUCAAAAUCAGGAGCUGGCCAGUUCAAAAGGACAACCCAGUAAUUAGAAUGGCUUUAUCGCUGCCCACUGCGAGCUUUGCAAAUACUGAUGAGCACAGGACUAAUGCAUGAAUAGGCUUGGACAUGGAUUGAAUCUACCUUUUGUUUGCUGGGCCUGAGGAGACCCUUUUCCAAUAACAACAUUCCUGCCUAUCCACGACCUGUGUAAUCACACUUUUGUAAAGUUAUGGCCCAUAGUCAAAAAAUAGAGCUUUAUUCAAAAGGGAAAAACAGUUCUUCAAUCAACAGUUGUGUUAUCAAUGGAGCAUUUUUAUAGCUGUACUGUCGAUUUAUACCACUCAAAAUUGUCUUAACACCUGUUGAAAAUUGUGAUGGAAUAUAACAUUGUUUGUAUAAUCUAAUUAAAAAGAUGUUCCAUUUCCAUUUGGAAAAAGAAAUGUAAAGCUUUAGAGUUGUUUUGUUUUUAAAAGUGCGAUGGAUGUAAUUUAUUUGCAGGUUAUUCUGUUGCCGCUGGAAUGUUUAAAUCAGAAAGCGACUAUGUUACUCCUAAAUGUAUUCAUGCUCAACCUUUUUGAGAGUCUUGUGGAGGGACUAUUUUAUAUUAUUAGCAGAAUUAUGUUUAGUUCAAAGCUUCUUUUUCUCAGGAUUCUGGCAUAUUUUAAUUGUAGCUGUAUUUAUAUAGUGUGUAGUUUUUACAGCUUAGCACCUCUCAUACAGUAGCACUGUAAAACUGAUGCAAGAUUUCUAUGAUGCAGUAAAUAAGAGAAAUCUGUCCAUAACUGUAGACCAUUAAACACCAUUAUCCUUUCAGAAAA